CGUCGUAUCCUCUCUCGAUCACACAGUCUUCAAAUAUUAGUAUCCAGUCGCCUCGUUUAGCCACGCAAAAAAUAUAAAAAUUUUGCAUUGACGAAAGAAAAAGAUAAAAAUUACAAAGAAAAAUGGAGAGUAAUACUAACAGCAUUACGUGCUCCGGCGAUCGGCCGACGGUGAUGGUGACCAACGAUGACGGAAUUGAUGCUCCCGGCUUGCGUGCUCUCGUAAGCGUCCUCGUCUCUUCGAAUCGCUUCAACGUCCUCGUCUGCGCUCCUGACUCCGAAAAAUCUGCGGUUAGCCAUGGUGCCACUUUGAGAACUGUUUCUGCUAAGCCAGUGGAAAUCAGUGGAGCAACUGCUUUUGCAGUUUCUGGUCAGUUGCAAUUGUCAGUAAUUUUUUGUCAUGGGAUACCAAAUUUACUUGUUGAUCUUGCAGGUGCUAAAUUCUGCAACUUCUUGGCAUUUAACAUAUUAUUUUCUGAUUCUCUCAUGCUAUAG